UGGUUGCUAGGUGUUUUAGCGUCCUACCAAUGCUCUGUUGCUAGCUAAUGGCUAAGGUUAGAUAUAACAUAUCAGUGCAAGUUAAACGCACAUGGCCGAAUAUGGGCGGUCUAAAUUUUACUCGGGAAUAAAUGCGUAGAAAGAGAUGUAAAAUAAGCCGAUAAUCACCAAGUAAAUGAUAAACACAAAAGAAUCCCCACUUGAAGGACAAACCUUAUUUAAUGGGAAAAGUCUUUGCUGUCAGUUUUGAAAGGUCUUGGCUGCUCAAAUGAGUUCCAGGGAAGGAUCCAAGAUGGGGGACAUUCUGGCAACAGAAGCAGACCUUCUUGGGAUGAUCAAGGAGUAUCUUAAGUUUGAGGAGUUUGAAGAAACUAUUCUUAGCUUUGAUAAGGAAUGCAAAAGCAAAGGCAAGCUGGUCUCAAAGCCUCAAGGAAGCACUCUCAGAGACUCAAAGAUGCGCAUCAUUCUGAAAGACCUCCUUAGCUCUUUCGAUGAUGGCGACCACAAGGUGUUCUUUGAACUUUGGACAGAUAAUUUUUCCUCUGAGAUCCACGACACAGACCCUGAAGCUCAAAGCCUGGAGUUCUACCUUCACAUCCACUUCACCAUCUACCCUCUGAGGAGGCACCCCGGUAGACAUGACCAAAAUGACUUUGAGGAGAGGAUUUGCCACUUCAAGCAGUACCUUGAGACACGGGGAGCAGCACUGAGCCAGACCACAGAGUUUCUGCCUUACUAUGCAUUGCCUUUUGUUCCAAACCCCACGGUCCACCCCUCCUUCAAAAACCUCUUCCAGGAUUCAUGGAUACCACAGUUGAAGAAUAAGCUGGAGCAAUUUCUGUCAGUGACACUGAAGCCACCUAAUAGCCCAAGACUGCUAAUGUUAUAUAAGGAGGGUGGAAGAAGUACUAAAGAGGCCAUGCAGCAGUUACAGAUCCAGCUGGUGGAGUCAGAGCGGCGCAUUUCAGCUUACAUACGGAAGUUCAAUAAGAUGCAGGCCGACUACCACAACUUGAUCGGAAUCACUGCUGAGCUGGUUGACUCAUUGGAGGCCACAGUCAGCGGAAAAAUGAUCUCCCCUGAGUACCUGCAGAGCGUAUGUGUUCGCCUGUUCAGCAGCCAGAUGAGGCAGAGCGUAGUGCAGAGCACGGACUUCACCAGGCCUGGCACUGGAUAUUACUCUAUGAGUCCUUAUGAUGAUGGCUAUGCCUCCUCAAUCUUGAGAGCAUCCAUUGCACCGCAGAGACCCAAGGAGGUGCCAAUGCUGCCCUCACUGGACUAUGAGAAGCUGAAGAAAGACCUAGUAGACAGCACUGACAGACUCAGGGCCCUGCUGCUUCAGGCGCUGCGCUGGAGACUGACUCGUUCGCUUCCUGGUGAACAACGAGACACAGUUCUUCAAGCCUACAUCAGCAAUGACCUCCUGGAUCGCUACAGCACCAAACAGGAAACUGUGCUUCAUUUAAUGAGGUCAAAGAAUGAGAUUGUCCGCCAGUACAUGGCCCGUCUGAUCAAUGCCUUUGCUUCUCUUGCAGAGGGUCGGGUUUACCUCUCCCAGAUCCCUGUUCUACUAAAACUUCUGACAGAGGCCCUUAGAAAGGAGGAAAAGGACUCACUGACUAGAGAACAUGUGCUAGUAGCUCUACAAAAACUCAGCCUCAGGAGGAGUCAGCAGACAGCCAUGAUAGCGGAUGAUCUAAUUGGCUGGUUGAUGGAUGAGCUACAUGACUCAGACUGCCUGAGUGACUACACUCUGGAGUACUCUGCAGCUUUGCUUAUGAACCUGUGUCUGCGUACGAAAGGAAAGAGGAAGUGUGCAGAAAACGCCAAGCAUGUGCUAAAGGUUUUAACUGACCUCCUUGGACACGAGAACCAUGAGAUUCGAUCAUAUGUGAAUGGAGCCCUGUACAGUAUCCUGUGUAUUCCCUCAGUGAGACAGGAAGCCAAAGAGAUGAGUGUGGAGGAGAUUCUUCGAUGUUACAGCAAAGAGGAGAAUCCAGACCUCAACAGACAGAUUGAAUUCAUCAUCAAACAGCUGAAUUCAGCUGAGGAAGAGGGACCAGAGUCUGAUGAUGAAGAGGAAGAUGAUGACAAUGAUGAGGAUUUGAUGGAGACAGACUUAGACAAAGAGGAAGAUCUCCAGCCACAGCCUCGAGAACUGUCUGGAGAGAGUCUGCUCACCACUGAGUACCUGGGGAUUAUGACCAACAUGGCAAGAGUGAAGAGGAAGGCGUCUGUGGUUCAACCAGGUGUUGACGAACCCCUACAACGUCCAGUGACUCCAAGUUCUCAUCGUAAUGUGAACACAGCGGAUUACAGACCUGGCAGUCAGGGAGGUGACGGCACCGGUGAAUACCAUCUGAGCAGACCCAAGAGUGAGGAAAGAAUCCCACCUUCCUCUAGAUACAACUCCCGACCUCCUACGCGCUCAGGAAGUCGGCCCAGCACUGCUGACUCCCUACAUCACAGCACCGACUCAGAGUGUGACAGGUUGUCCCAGGGGUCAGCGCUGGACAGGCCAUAUGAAGGGAGAGCCAGAAAAGGACAGUCCCAGGAGGAGCACAAUGGACACACUGCCAGCAGUGAUUACAUUCCUGCCUUUGCCAGCCAGCCCAAGAUUCCCCGCACUCCUGACACCACAGCGAGCCAGGGCAGCGCUAAUCGUGAUCGACGGCUGGCGCCUCAGUUUUCGCAGUCUGAACCUCAGCAGAGGAGCAGGCCAGGCUCUGCCAACUCAACAGGAGAAGGAGGGCGACAAAUUGGAAGUAAGCACAUGUUAAUGGCAGCCAGUCAAAGAGGAGGUGAAGAAGGAGCUGUCACCAUAAAGCAGCUCUAUCUCCCCGGGUGCAUCAGACUUCCUGUAACAUCAUCCCCACAAGUUGUGAUCAGGGUCAGGGCAACAGAGAUGGUCAAGGAUCAGCAGCCGGAGGAGGAGGAGGGGCUGGAACAAUGUGCAGGAUUGUGGGCCUGCAUUUUUUUUUCUCCUCCUGCUUCGGCAAAGACCUGUUCUGUAACAUUAUAUGAGGUCAGACAAUAAUCACAGCCCCCGGCCGCCCAGCCCUCUGCACUAGGAACACUCAUUCCGCCCCGUCUCUCAUCAAGGUAAUACCUGGCACAACAAAAUAUGUCUCAAUUAUUACCUUCACCUGUAUCUGUCUGUCUCUGAGUCUGACCCUAGGCUUUGGGUGCAUUUUCAUCGCAUCCAUAAGGAUCAUUUUACAACAUGAACUUUUCAUGCCUGCGGUUCCGUCUGCGAUUUAAAUGGUUUAGACUGAAGCACAAUUAAAAUGUUAAUAUCGCAUUUCAUUUACUUUACAACUAGUUGCUUUUUCUUUCAAUAACUGUACAUAGGAUUUGAACGAAGAAAAGAAAAAUCCUCUGAAUUUCUCCAUGUGCUGUAUAUAUUAAUUAUUGACAAUGGGAAUAUCCUGCCAUAUGAGUAAAUUCUUGUAGCUGCUUUGUUUAAUUAGAAAACGUAUCGUGUCUUGAAUUUAUGCUGCAGGAAAGUUUACAAGAAAGACUCAGGUCUAAACAGACUAUUGUAUACGCUUGAAAAUAAUAUGAAAUAAUGUUUAUUAUAGUUAAUUUACACCAACGUCCAUAGAGCAUUUGACAAAAAACUUGAAGUUGUGAUGCCGUCUUAAAGUUUGCAUCGUGUUUGUUGUAUAUUUGCACUGUUUUCCAGUUGCUGUGGUGUUUAAUUUUGCUCACUGCUAUCGUUGUGUUAGAAUGUAAUUUCAUUGUAAUAAAAGUUAAUUUUCUUAAACUGAACUUAAAUAAAUGUGUUAAGUCUUG